UGCCGAUGACGGUGCGAGGACUUAAAAAGAGAUUCAGAAAGCGGCUAAUGCAAAUUGUGUCGCACUCGAUAUCCCCUAAAUGUUAGAUUAGUUGUUUUGUUCGAUUAAAAAGAUUCGAUACAGAAACUAAUUUCAUCGUCGUCACUGGAGGAAGUAAAGGCGAUGGAAACUCCGCAUGCUCAUCAUUUGUGGGUAGAUGAGAAACAAAGUGAUGUCUUAGAUCCAUCCCUUGUCAACGAUCAUCCAGCACCCAGCAUGCUGAACUUAGAAAAGGAGACACUAUUGACAGAUGAUAUAAAUCAAGGGGUUAAAGUUAAACUCGUCUGCAGGGAACAUUUGUUGAGUGUAGCAGAGAUGGACUACAUGGAGAAGAUAAAGGAAUUUCAUGAGAGACUUGAUAUGGUGAAGAAGAUAGUUAAACCAGGUUGUUCUCAUGAGGUAUUGAACAUAGCCUUGUGUAGUUUGUCAUCACUUGCCAGAAUUCUGUCCCAGAUGCCACAAAAACUUCAUGCCUCACUUUGAACAAAGAUCCUUUUCUUAGAAUUUUCAAUGGAUGUUGUAUGUUGAAUGCAAAACUACUUUUGCAACAGAAAGUGCAAUGUGUCUUUAGAGAGCGUGAUUGUAUUCCUUUAAUUUUGUAGUUUAUUUUCAUAACAAUAUUGAUAAAGAUAUUAAGUUUUAGAGAAGUAAAACAUAAAUGUUAAAUAAUUUUAAGGAGG